AUGUCCAUCCAGUGUCCGUCGUACAUAUCCGCCCGCUCCGCCGAGGUCAUCCUCUCCGACGUCCGCCCAAUCAAGCUCAAGCCCGACGCGCUGCACUCCAUUAAUGUCCUCCUGGACGAGACCCUCUACAGCAUCCUCACCACCGCCCGGUCACUCGCCACGGAUAGGCUCAAGGCCGCGCUUCUCAAGGUCCUGCCAACGAGUCUUGGGAAGGAGGCGCUGCUCGAGGCGGAGGUCGAGCUGAAGGCGUACUGGGACCGAACAGGCUCCGCGCGCCCGCUGCCAUCUGGGCGCAAUGGAGAUUCCAAGGAGUUUGACUUGCAGUGGUCUUUCGAGCUGCUACGUCUCAAAUGCGAGGCGUACUCGACGAUGAACGACUCCGACGAGGACGCCGAGGCCGAGAAGCGGCUCCAGCAGCGCAUGGAGCAGGCCGGCUCGUCUUCUCCGCCCAGCCCUGCGCUACUGUCUCCGGCCGCGCUCUAUCUCACGGCUAUACUUGAGGCAAUCUGCGAACAUGUACUGUCCAACGUGAGCCGCGUGGCCGCCCGCGAUAGCAGCCGCACACUUGCCACCGUCCAAGACCUCUUUACUGCGCUCGGGGAGGACGACACUAUUUUCGGGAUGUUCAAGGCUAUGAAAGUGUACGCCCACAUCGAAGGGCUGUCCAGAGCUCAGGCCCAGCGACCACGCAGGAGCAAGUCCUUCUCAAGGAGCACAGACCAGAAGAACGCCGCCCCGCGAACGUCGACAUCCUCCCCUCUGAACGGCGAGUCGGUGGCGACAAACGGGACGACGACGGCAUCUGCAAUAGCGCCGGGAGGAUCAUCACGCAUGUCGACGGACUCGCAGAAGUCGACGACGGUGGUGGGGUCGAGCGAGUCGCGGCGGACGUCGAUGGAGAAGGUGAAAGGCGCAAAGAUUUUCCACAGCCGGACGCCAAGCGACAAGCAGCAUGCCCGCGACGACUCGGCAAGCGCCGCGCUAGCGCGAUCAGCGUCCGAAAACGGCAUCAACCGCGAGCAUGGUCCAGAAUUCGAGGCGAGUGAGGACGAGGAGCUGCAGCAGGAGUUCGACGAGCUCAUGCGCUCUGGUGCGACCAUGAAGGUCUCGUUGACGCCAGACCGGCUAAAGAGUAUGGAGGUCUACAAGCAGGAGCGUUUCGAGCGAGAACGGUUGAGCCGCAGAGGUACCCAGAGUGCGAACAAGAUACAGGACGGCAGCCUGCCCCUCCCGGAGCCGCGGCCGCGGACGACGACCGGACGAUCGUCGAUCCGCCAUGUGGACUCGAUCGUCGAGGACGAGGAGGAGCACUCGAGCUCUUCCAACCACGCCGCCGUCGCUUCCCUUACCUCACUACAGUCCAACGCGGCGUCGGCGUCGGCAAGGAUGCGAAAUACCUCAUUCACUGCGACCUCGGCGGGCAGCCGGCCGCCGAGCGACCAGCGCUUGCGCUCCAUCUCCAUCUCGAACGUGCCCCACCCGCGGGACAAGGACGGCAUCACGCGCAGGGUGUCGAACAGCAAUGGCACCUCGAGGGCAGGCGGGAGGACGGGCUCGCAGAACGCGGCCCCGCCCCCGCCGUCCGUCGGGAUGCCGAAGCGGACGAGGAAGAAGCAGGUGAACAGGGAGUCGAUGGACCUGGACGAGAUCAUGGCGGGGUCGGAUGGCGAGGAUGUGGAUGUGGAAGAGGUGAGACCUCCUGCCUCGCUGCCGGCGUCCCCGCGCACGCCUGGGGGCAGCAGGCCCCACAUCUCGAAGGCUGCGCAGGAUCUCAUCGCGUUCCUCGAAGAGGGCCCGCCCGAGGAGCCCUCGUACAGCUCGAGCGUGAAUGCGAGCGUCAUCUCGUUCGAGUCGACGAAGACCCGGUCGGGGCGGCUGCAGCGUAUGAUGUCGCGGCUCACCCUCGGGGGCUCCAGGGAGAGCUUGAACGGGAGCAUCUCGGAGGAGCAGCCCAAGACGCCUCGCUCGCUCUCGAGGAAGGGCUCGAAGAUGGGCAUGGUGACGUCGCCUCCGCCGUCGUACAAGGGCGGGUCCCUCCAGUCGAAGCGAUCUAUACCCAACGUCAGUGUAUACCCCAACGUCAUCGUCGCGACACCCCCUCCCCGCCUUCCGCUCCAGAAUUCCCAGACCUCUUCGUCGCUCGCGUCCCCGCCGGUCUCGGCUACGUCCUCGUUGCACACGUCGAACGAAGAUGUGGCAUUCUCCUCGCAGCAUUCUAGUCUUUCGCGCCGCACUACACGCAAGGCCGUCCCGCCGCUCGACGACGUCGUAUCCCUGUCGAGCACCGUCGGCGAGUCCGUGUUUGAGGGCCGGCCUGCCGUCAACGGGAAUCGCAGAGCGCAAGUCGACGACCAAGGCAAGGAUGGCACGUCCUCGCCCAUUCCCCCCGUCGUGCGGCGCUCGGUCGUAUUGAACGGACAUCCCGUCAAGCUUGACACCUCCGAGCCAUCCCUGCACCCCCGUGCGGCCAGCAUCACCUCCCCCACGUCUACGAGCGACCGCAAGUCCAUCCACGGAAAGUCCGAGAGCGGGUACGCGUCCCGCUCUACGUCGCGCAGCCCCAUCACGCCCUCGGAGCGCCUUCCCCCGCCGCCUCCGCCUGCACCGACGAUCCCCCCAGCAGAUGCGGAGAACCUCCGUCGCCUGCUCGAGGCUGCGACGUCGGCAGACGAGUGUCGGCUGCUCGUUGACUUGUUCCUCGUCAAGAACGGCUUCGCACUCAAGGAGUCCGUCGCCUCGUCCCCUGCAGCAGACACUGCGGGGCUAGCGGUGGGAACGGGCAAGUUGGAGGACGCGCUCGCGCUCGCGGCACGGGAGGCGCAGGAGGUUGAGCGCGGGUUAGUCGCACUGUUUCUGGGCGGGGGCGGGCAGGUUGACUUGAGCGGCGCGCCGUCUCUUCUUCCUUCUUUACAGAACGCCGAGCCCGGGUCUGGUUCUGGACCGUCCGACGCUGCAGGAUCUGCAUCGGAGCUUGGGUCCAAGUCUGGGUCAGGAUCCGCAGGCCAGUCCAACCAGCCCGAGCCCGUUGCAGCCGGGUUUCAGCAGCAGCAGCAGCAGUUUCGUGCCAGUCCCGUUGCCGUCUCCCACUAG